UCAACUGUUCGAUUUGGUGAUUCAUAAUAUUAUGUUGGUUUAUAUACCGUGCGCGUCGUAGUGGUCAAUAUUCACUGCAGAACUUUGUCCAAAGUGCGACGCAUUACCGUGUCAGUGUUUACAUCGAAAAAAUUGAAAUUCUGAAAUUGAUAACUUUAAAAUUCAUCAGCCAUGGAAGACCAAGUUCCUUUUAAAGUUUAUACAUUCUGGACUGAGACUGGCAAGCCAGAAGUCAGAAGAUUUGGAGUAGAGAAGAGUGUUGUCACUAGCUUCCACUAUCUGAAUGCUAAGCUCCAGGAUGUGUACCCUGGUCUCAAGACGAAGACCUACUCUGUAGCCUGGAAAGAUGAGGAUGGCGAUAAUGUUGUUAUUUCAUCGGACGAUGAGGUGAUGACUGCUUUGCAAGCGUUGGGUGGAGAUGUCAUCAGGCUAUUUGUGUACUGCAAGUCCGAGGAACCUAAGGAUGGUGGCUGUGAUAUCGUAUUCACAGCUGUAGCUGCCAAUCCUACAGAAGCUCCGGGCACCCCAGCAGUGCACUAUGGAGUGGUGUGUGAUUCGUGCGAUGGUUCCGUAGUCGGCUUCCGCUACAAGUGUUCCGUCUGUGAUGACUAUGACUUGUGCUCACGAUGCGAAGCCGCAGGCCGUCACCCGGAACAUUGCAUGAUCCGAGUUCCAGCGCCGGCCAUGCCUCGCACCAUCAUCAAAGCUGCGAUCAAGAGGUCUCGCCAUUUCUUGAAGUCCGUUGCUAAUGCAAUGGGCGAGGACUGCCCCUACAAGAAACACCGCAGCGAAAGGGGUGCUGAGAGAAAACACCGCCAUGGCCAUGGACACGGUGGUCACCACGGCCCACAAGCUGAACAUGGCCCUCACGGAGCGCACGACGAACACCAUCGUCGUCGCAACCGCGUCAGCUGGCUCGACACCUUCGCUACUUACAUGAACGAGUUCGCCAAUCUCGCAGGAGAUAUUGAUCUCGAUGACAAUAAGCCAAAGGCACCUGAAACUAAGACAGGUCAGACUACUGGAACUCAUGGACAGACAACUCAGGGUCAAACUCCUGAAACGCAAGCUCAAACCCCUCAAGAGGGCCAGGCGAAAGCACAGACAAGCACCCAAUCCACCGAAGCUCCUAAACAACCAGAGCCAAGUACCUCUGCCAAUGCCCAAACUCAAUGCCCAUUCAAUACACCUAAGGCAUUUAAUGUUGAUCAACUUAUGGAGCUUGUAGAGAUGUUUAUUGGAAAAAAUGGCAAUCCAUUUGUGCCCCCAACACCUCAGCCUCAGCCUCCAGCACCUGCUAAUGCUACUGCCCCCACAUCUACUCCAAAUAAUGAUGUGGAGAUGGGACAAGGCGACAGGAAGUCGCCUGAGGCUGAGACUGUUGAUGCUCCUGCUAAGCCUUCUUCUUCUUCUUCUUCCGCAUCCAGUGUUAGUGAUUACGCCAGAGAUGCUUCACCAGACAAGGCCGAUGACUGGACCAUGAUUAACAAGGAAAAAGAUUUGAUGGACACGGCUGGUGCACUUCCUGAAACCGCUGCCCCCAUCGGUUUCAACUUGCCCCAAGAGUUCCAAGAGCGCGUCAAAAUUGCCGAAGGCGGCUUGUACCCACCACUGAACACCUCAACUGCAGUGUUGAAUCCUAAAGAGCCUGAAGUGCUGAAGCCGAUCCAGGCGACAGCUCCCCCCGCGCCGGCCGCAGCCCCCAAGCCGCAGGAGAAACCAGCUCCUACUCCUGCACCGCAACCCCAGCCCCAACCGCAACCCAGGCAGCGCCAUCCAAAACCACAUAUCGAUGCGGCGAUCCAGCAUAUGCUGGCAAUGGGCUUCACCAACGACGGUGGCUGGUUGACUCAACUCCUUGAGAGCAAGGAUGGCAACAUUGCUGCUGUGUUGGACCUUCUUACACCCGUCAAGAAGUAAACUUCGUCUUUAAUUUACACAUAACUUAGUUUUUAUUUUACUCUAUUAUUACUAUAUUACUCUUCUUAUAUUCAUGUGAUUUGUCUCUAUACGUAUAUCUACGAGACAUGUAACUUUAGAUGUGAUUUAGAAUAUCUUGAUGUAGACUGUAGUAAUGGUAAAUUGGUAUGGACUUAGCCAUAAACCAUAGUAGGUGCAGGGAUGUAGGUUUUAAAUACUAUAAACAUGUAUCCUUCUAGUAGUUUUAACUCUCUUCUCUGUAUUUUGAAUCUUGCCUAACUUAGCUGUUGAUUGUUUAUUUUUUGAUGGAAUUGUAUUUAAUAAUAUAUUGCAUUAUUAUUCCACAUUCCUAUUGCACAUUUUUUAUUAUAUCUUACUUACUUAUCACUUCGGAUAUAGGUAUUUUAAGUUGUAAUUAAAUUCUAAAACAUUACAAUUAUGCAGUGUGGAUACAAAACGAUUGUGAUAUUUGGUUAUGACUGAAUUUAUGUAGUAGUAUAUAUUUAGAGACAUUAUUAGGUAUGUUAGAAUUAAUUUCUAUGUAUAAUACAUAAACCAUUAUGUAUGUAUGGUUUUAUUAAAUUUAAUUAAUGGUAAUAUCAAUAAAGGAAUUAAAGGUGA